AUGGCUACUGACGCGCAUACGCAGUUGACAUAUCUCGAAUGGCAACCCAGCUACACGCAUACACGCCCGUACCGCAUUUCAGAGUACGUGGGCCGACGGAGAAAGGGGAAAAAUAAAGCCAAACAACAACAAGCUGACGAGGGCGAGGGCAAAAAUGACAAACUACCAAACACGAACCUGGUCUUCCGCACGUCAGAGCACGCAGAAAUCAUAGGCGAUAUUCGGGGCUCCGCCGAACAAUUCACCCUGGACACGAAUGGCUUCGCGUAUAUCCGAUGUCCGCCGCCGGCUCUCACCCGGGCCUGGGAGUACUCGGACCCCGGGAAAAUUGAGAAUGUCUUCUUGCCGGAAUGCGAGGCGAUUUUGAGGAGGGAGGUUGAGGGGGCGGAUGAGGUUGUGGUUUUUGAUUGGAAGAUCCGAAAGAGAAAAAGUGCCAAAGAGCGACGGACGAGAAAUCCGAAUCUGCAAGGGUUUGCAAAGCAGGUCCAUUGUGAUACACUCUUGACCCGCGACGACAUCGGGACGCCGAUAAUGCAACGGAUCCGAAACCAUCUCCCCAAGGAAUCCCACCACUUGCUUUCUGGGCGGGUCCAACUGAUCAACCUUUGGCGCCCAGUAAAUGCGCCCGUGGAGGACCACCCCAUCGCCGUCUGCGACGGCCAAAGCCUGGAUGCGUCCAAGCUCCUGGCAACGGAUAUGAUACGCGGAGCCUAUACAGGCACCAUGCUGUAUCCAUUGUUUGAGCCGGAUUGUUCUAAAUACAAUUGGUAUUAUAUGAGCAGACAGGAGCCCGAGGAUGUACUCCUGUUCAAGGGGUUCGAUUCGGCGGAGGGGAGGGUUAAAUAUACACCACAUACGUCGUUCAUGCCCUUGGAUUCACCUCCCAACCCGUGCCCUAGGGUUAGCGUUGAGGUUCGAGCGCUAGUCUUUGCCCACCCGGUGUCAAGAGUAUGA